CUCCUCCCCAGCCUCGGGGGCCGCCAUUUUGGGGGGAGGAGAAACACUAGUAGAGGCGGCAGCGGCUCAACGGGAUGUCGACUGGCUUCUGCUUCUCUUGCCAGCGCUGUGGAGUUCGGGCAGAAGCCUCCAUCGGGGCCACUCCUCCGCCUGCCUCUCCGGAAUGAGGCCUAAGUUCCCGCACCGGAAGGCCCCCUUUCUCUUCCAAGAGAGCCCAAGAAGAGGCCGAAGCCGAGACGAUGCCUGGGAAGCUGAAGGUGAAAAUCGUGGCCGGGCGCCAUUUACCAGUGAUGGACCGAGCUAGUGACCUGACUGAUGCCUUCGUGGAGGUGAAAUUUGGUAAUACCACCUUUAAAACAGAUGUGUGUCUCAAGUCCCUCAACCCGCAGUGGAACUCAGAGUGGUUUAAAUUUGAGGUGGAUGAUGAAGAUUUACAAGAUGAACCUCUCCAGAUCACAGUUCUUGACCAUGAUACGUACAGUGCAAAUGAUGCCAUUGGUAAAGUGUACAUUGACAUUGAUCCUUUACUGUACAGUGAGGCUGCAACUGUCAUCUCGGGAUGGUUUCCAAUUUAUGAUACCAUUCACGGUAUCCGUGGGGAAAUCAAUGUAGUUGUCAAAGUAGACCUCUUCAAUGAUUUAAAUCGAUUCAGGCAGUCAUCAUGUGGAGUCAAAUUCUUUUGCACAACAUCUAUUCCAAAGUGCUAUAGAGCUGUAAUAAUUCAUGGAUUUGUAGAAGAACUUGUGGUCAAUGAAGACCCAGAGUAUCAAUGGAUUGAUCGAAUUCGCACGCCAAGGGCAUCAAAUGAGGCCAGACAGAGGCUCAUUUCUUUAAUGUCAGGCGAACUGCAGAGGAAGAUUGGCUUAAAAGUGCUUGAGAUGAGAGGAAAUGCGGUUGUCGGGUACUUACAGUGUUUUGAUCUGGAAGGCGAGUCCGGGUUGGUGGUGCGAGCCAUAGGGACGGCGUGCACGCUGGAUAAGCUAAGCGGCCCCGCAGCGUCCCUUCCCGCCUGCAGCUCCCCGUCCAAGGAGAUGAAGGAGAUUCCCUUCAAUGAAGAUCCCAAUCCCAAUACUCACUCAUCAGGACCCUCAACCCCUCUGAAAAACCAAACUUAUUCCUUUUCACCUUCCAAGUCCUACAGUCGACAGUCCUCUUCUUCUGACACAGAUUUGAGUUUGACACCCAAAACUGCACCUUACCCACAGGGGCCUAGGAUUUACCUGUGUCCCAGCUCCCCCUCUCUCCCUUGUGGGUCCCUUCAUCUUAAAAAGUCCUGUCUCCUCCUCUCGGAAUCUAGCCUUCCCCCUCAUCCUUCUAGCCUUGUCAGCCCAGUUCUGAGGAAAAGUGUUUCUUUCAGUGAAGAGCUGUUCCUGGCUGCUUCUGGAAUGGGAAGUGGUAGUGCUGGAAAAGAAGGGGGGCCCUUUAAAGCUCUUUUAAGACAACAGACUCAAUCAGCAUUGGAACAGAGGGAAUUUCCAUUUUUCACCCUGACGGCAUUUCCUCCUGGAUUCCUCGUGCAUGUUGGGGGCGUUGUUAGUGCACGCUCUGUGAAGCUUUUGGAUCGUAUCCACAAUCCUGAUGAACCAGAAACUCGAGAUGCAUGGUGGGCAGAAAUCAGACAAGAAAUAAAAUCCCAUGCCAAAGCAUUAGGCUGUCAUGCUGUAGUGGGCUACAGUGAAUCAACUAGCAUCUGUGAAGAGGUCUGUAUUUUAUCUGCAUCUGGCACGGCAGCUGUACUGAACCCUAGAUUUUUGCAGGAUGGCACCGUGGAGGGCUGUUUGGAACCGAGGCUAGAAGAAAAUUUGCCUGCAGGCUGUGGAUUUUGCCAUAUACCAUAUGAUGAACUGAAUAUGCCAUUUCCAGCUCAUCUCACAUACUGCAAUAACUGCAGGAAACAAAAAGUUCCUGAUGUUCUCUUCACAACCAUAGACCUCCCAGUGGAUGCAACAGUUAUUGGAAAAGGUUGUCUCAUUCAAGCAAGGUUGUGUCGCUUAAAAAAGAAGGCACAGGCAGAAGCAAAUGCCACAGCCAUCAGUAAUCUCUUGCCAUUUAUGGAAUAUGAAGUGCAUACUCAGCUAAUGAAUAAACUAAAACUCAAAGCAAUGAAUGCUUUAUUUGGACUGAGAAUUCAGAUCACAGUGGGUGAAAAUAUGUUGAUGGGCUUAGCGUCGGCCACUGGUGUGUAUUUAGCAGCUUUACCAACGCCUGGUGGUAUUCAGAUUGCUGGAAAGACUCCUAAUGAUGGCUCAUACGAGCAGCAUAUAUCUCAUAUGCAGAAGAAGAUAAAUGACACGAUUGCCAAGAAUAAAGAGUUGUAUGAAAUCAAUCCUCCGGAGAUAUCUGAAGAGAUUAUAGGAUCCCCCAUUCCAGAACCUAGACAACGCUCACGACUUUUGAGAUCUCAGUCAGAAAGCUCUGAUGAAGUUACCGAAUUGGACCUUUCACAUGGGAAAAAAGAUGCCUUUGUUUUGGAGAUUGAUGACACAGAUGCCAUGGAAGAUGUACAUUCUCUCCUCACUGAUGUCCCACCUCCUUCAGGCUUUUAUAGUUGUAAUACAGAAAUUAUGCCUGGUAUAAACAAUUGGACAUCUGAAAUACAGAUGUUUACAUCAGUAAGAGUAAUCCGAUUAAGCAGCCUUAACCUGACUAAUCAAGCCCUUAAUAAGAACUUUAAUGAUCUCUGUGAAAACUUGCUUAAGAGCCUGUAUUUUAAACUACGGUCUAUGAUCCCCUGCUGCCUUUGCCAUGUCAAUUUUACAGUCUCUCUCCCUGAAGAUGAAUUAAUUCAGGUUACAGUCACAGCAGUUGCUAUAACCUUUGACAAAAAUCAGGCUUUACAGACUACAAAAACACAUGCUGAGAAGUUAUUGCAAAGAGCCUCUACAGAUAAUGAAGAACUUUUGCAGUUUCCCCUGGAACUCUGUUCAGAUUCACUUCCUUCUCAUCCUUUUCCACCAGCUAAAGAACACCUGGAGAGUGCAAGUUCUAACUCAGGUAUCCCAGCUGCACAGAGAGCAACGUCAGUUGAUUACAGUUCCUUUGCAGACAGAUGCAGCAGCUGGAUAGAGCUCAUUAAACUGAAAGCUCAGACCAUAAGGCGCGGAUCAAUUAAGACAACAGUGACAGUUGAAAAAGCAAGUCCAAUGGGUGAAGGAAACUUCCGGAAUCGUUCCGCUCCACCUUGUGCAAAUUCUACCGUUGGGGUUGUUAAGAUGACACCUCUUUCUUUCAUUCCUGGAGCAAAAAUAACAAAAUAUCUUGGGAUAAUUAACAUGUUUUUUAUUCGGGAAACCACUUCUCUACGUGAGGAAGGUGGAGUCAGUGGUUUUCUGCACGCCUUCAUUGCUGAAGUGUUUGCAAUGGUGCGCGCACACGUGGCUGCGCUGGGAGGGAACGCUGUUGUCUCCUACAUAAUGAAGCAGUGUGUCUUCAUGGAGAAUCCAAACAAAAACCAGGCACAGUGUCUUAUAAACGUCAGUGGUGAUGCAGUGGUUUUUGUUCGUGAAUCUGAAUUAGAAGUGGUGUCUACUCAGCAGCCUGCUGCCAAUUGCCAGCCCUCAUGUCCUGGAGGAGAAGUCACAACCUGAAGUCAAUUAGAGAGAAAGAGCGCAACUAAAUGACAUUCAUCAGUCUCCUUUGUCUUUCAUUUAUCGUACUAGACGUAAAAAAUGAACUUAAUAUGAGAGAAUGAAGAAAGAAUCGAUCCCACAUGAGGAUGUUUGAUUUGAAUGGGAUCACUUGGAGGCAUGAGAAUUUUCAAAUCUUGACUUUUUUUUUUUUUUUUUUUUUUACCAAGACUAGACAGACAGGCCUCAUAGAGGCUUGACUCCCCAGGAAGUUCAGAUAAAUUUCUCUGAGAACUGUAGCAAAGAUGCAAGAUAUUUAUAAUUUAUGUUGAUUUUAAUAAAAUCGUAAUUUAAAUUAUCAGGAAAUUAGGCUAGCUAUCCUGGUGUAAUUUAUAAAAAUUAAGAAAUUAACAAAUUGUUAAUAAGUGAUCUGAUUUGAGGAAUGUAUGGGGAAAAUGGAGAAAAGUUUUCAGAAAACUGUGAGUUUAUUAAUGUGUUAUUUUGAUGAGGAAUUUGGUAACCACUAAAAGGGAAAAGUGCUGUAGCCAUCUUUGAAAAAGAAGUUAAACUUCUAUGACUUGUAUCCUAAUUGCUGCAAAAGUAUAAUCUGUUUAUCAGAGCCAGUGUCCUUUCAUUGGAAGCUUAAUAAUAUCUCUAAGGAAGGAGAAAAAAAAUUACUAUAUAACUUCAUUUUUACUCAAGUUUCAGUUUGUGUUUAAUUUUUCUGGAAGGGGCUUGGCUUCAACUGGGAAGAACAGGCCAGUGAGUUUUGUUGAAGUAGUUAAAAUGUGAUCUAGGUGGAACAUAAAAUUAUUUUCUAAUAAAGUCAUACUGAGCUCCUACCAAAUAAACAGAAUUUUAGUACUAUCAGGGGUUUGGGGUGGUGAGGUAGACUGUAUUUGGCAUAGAAUUUGGAAAUGUAACUUGAAUGUAAAUAUGCUCCAGAAUGUUGAAUGUAUAGAUAGAAAUACUUUUUUUUUUUUUUGUCAAUGCCAAAUACAUAUUACAAAUGAACCUUUAAAAGUACAUUCCUCCUUUGGACAAUAAAAUUUCUUUAUGAAACUCAUGAUUUUGCUCUUCCAGGAUAACAACUGCCCUAAAGAUUAGGAGUCGUUUCCUUAUUAUCACAGGUGUCAAUAUUUUUCUGUAUUUUGUUUAUAAUUUUAUUUUUUAAAUAAAAGGUUUUAUAAACUGGAA